GUGCCGGGCUCUGCCCGGGUGUCGGUGGAAGAAUCGGCUCCGCCCCCGGACUCCCCCCGAGAGUGGGUAGAAGGGUCCGCCCCGCCCUUGUCCCGCUCCACUCCUCUACCUACGCCCCGGGAGAGUCGCAACCAGAGCAUGGCGAGUGGGGAGACGGCGAGCACCGCGGGCCACAUGUUCGACGUAGUCGUGAUAGGAGGCGGCAUCUCAGGAUUGUCUGCUGCCAAACUCUUAGCGGAACAUGACGUUAAUGUUUUGGUUUUAGAAGCACGGGACAGAGUUGGAGGAAGAACAUACACCGUGAGGAAUGAACAUGUCGAUUAUGUAGAUGUUGGCGGGGCUUAUGUGGGGCCAACCCAGAACAGAAUCUUACGGUUAUCUAAGGAGCUGGGUCUAGAGACUUACAAAGUGAACGUAAAUGAGCGUCUUGUUCAAUAUGUCAAGGGGAGAACUUAUCCAUUUCGGGGGGCCUUUCCGCCGGUAUGGAAUCCCAUUGCCUAUUUGGAUUACAACAAUUUGUGGCGGACAAUGGAUAACAUGGGGAAGGAGAUUCCAGCGGAUGCACCAUGGGAGGCCCCACAUGCUGAGGAAUGGGACAAGAUGACCAUGAAAGAUCUCAUCGAUAAAAUCUGCUGGACGAAGACCGCUAGGCAGUUUGCGUCGCUCUUUGUGAACAUCAACGUGACCUCUGAGCCCCACGAGGUGUCUGCGCUGUGGUUUUUGUGGUACGUGAAGCAGUGCGGAGGCACCACUCGGAUAUUCUCGGUCACCAACGGGGGCCAGGAACGAAAAUUUGUGGGUGGAUCGGGUCAAGUGAGUGAACGGAUAAUGGACCACCUCGGGGACAGAGUGAAGCUGAGGUGCCCUGUCACCUAUGUGGACCAGUCGGGUGACAACAUCAUCAUCGAGACAUUGAAUCAUGAACUUUAUGAGUGCGGAUACGUAAUUAGUGCCAUCCCGCCAACCUUGACUGCCAAGAUCCACUUCCGACCAGAGCUCCCGUCAGAGAGAAACCAGUUAAUCCAGCGUCUUCCGAUGGGGGCUAUCAUUAAGUGCAUGAUGUAUUACAAGGAGGCCUUUUGGAAGAAGAAGGAUUACUGUGGCUGUAUGAUCAUUGAAGAUGAGGAAGCUCCAAUUUCAAUAACCCUGGAUGACACCAAGCCAGAUGGAUCGCUGCCCGCUAUCAUGGGCUUCAUACUUGCCCGAAAAGCUGACCGACUUGCCAAGCUCCAUAAGGAAAUAAGGAAGAAGAAGAUCUGUGAGCUCUAUGCCAAAGUGCUAGGAUCCCAAGAAGCUUUACAACCGGUGCAUUACGAAGAGAAGAACUGGUGCGAGGAGCAGUACUCCGGGGGCUGCUACACCGCCUACUUCCCCCCUGGGAUCAUGACUCAAUAUGGAAGGGUCAUUCGCCAGCCCGUUGACAGAAUUUACUUUGCUGGCACGGAGACAGCCACACACUGGAGCGGUUACAUGGAAGGGGCAGUAGAGGCCGGAGAACGGGCAGCUAGGGAGGUCUUGAAUGCUCUGGGGAAGAUGGCCAAGAAAGACAUAAGCGUUCAAGAACCGGAAUCAAAGGAUGUUCCAGCUAUGGAGAUCACCCACACCUUUUGGGAGAGGAACCUGCCUUCCGUGGCAGGCCUGCUGAAGAUCAUUGGAUUCUCCACAUCAGUCACUGUCCUGUGGAUUGCGGUGUGCAAAUUCAGGCUGCUGACACGAUCCUGAGGUUUCGGCCUCAUGCUUUCUGCCUACUCUUUCCCAGCACCAUCAAAAGUAAAAUGUUGGCAAAGGCUGUAUCAUUGGAUCAUCUUUAAAUGCACUGGUUUUCAUCCAUAAGUUUAGUCUCAGUUGGUGUCAGAGUAAAAACAACCCAAAGAAUCACCUCAUUAAUUUCAAUAAGAUCAAGCUCCAUUGCGUUAUUUGCCUUGUGUAGACUAACUUGUGCUGACUGGUAGAAUAAAACUUGUGAUCAACUCCUUAAUUUCAAGAUGUCUAAUUGAAGUGCUGGUCAGAAACAAUUUCUGUGUCCUGUUUUGCUCCUCUUUAACACGAAAUGCCUGAUGAUUGCAGAAAUGAAGCGGUUCCCUUUCUCUUUGUAGAGGUUAAAUAGGUGACGGCCCAGCCUGUGACCAUCCUUUUCAGUCCUUAGGAAAUAGUGAAGUGUAGGUCCAGAGCCCAGAGGCUGGCAGCUUCCUGGGGGUCCAGCAGCUCCCCCUUUGGAGGAGGGAUAGUAAAUGAAAGCAAUGGGGGUGUAGACCACUGAGGGACAUCUUAUAGGCCAUCCUGGCCACUUCUACUUCCUGUGAAGUUUCUAGAAAUCUAGUCUGGUGUUUCAGGUGACUUGUGUGUAGCUCCCCACGGGAGCAGAGUAAACUAGUGGCAGGACUGUCCCCCAGGAGGCCUCCUGAUGAGCUCCGCACGAGACCCACUGCAAUAGGCAUUUGCUCUUCCUCCUGGAGGAUGGCUAGACAUCACAAUAACCUUCUCUGCCGAUUUCGAGAAAGUAUUUUCCUUUUCUUGGAUAGGCCCUG